AUGGCAGACCAGUCGCCAGCUGCCCAGGACUUAGAGGACGGUUCUGGCGGUCUCCCCGGUAAUAAUCAACUAUUACUAAAAUUCAUCAAUUCCGCUCAUUUCACGCUGUAUACGAACAUUGAGUACUUAACUCGAUAUUCACAAAACAUCGGCAUUUACUUCUACUUGUGCCAGAAGCUGCUCACUUUUCCACACAAUGAGCUACAAUUCUACAUCCCCCAACUGGUGCAGAUACUACUUACCGUGGAAACAGAGUCAAUCGCUCUAGGAGAGCUGUUGCUCAAACUCAGCGCAGAAAAUCCGCAUUUCGCGCUUUUGACGUUCUGGCAACUGCAAGCCUUACUCGGUGAUUUGUCGUUGGAUCCAUCGAGCUAUGGGUUUCAAGUAGCUCGCAGAACCAUAAACAGUUUACAAAACGUUCUUUUCAAUCCAUCCAAGACUGCCCCAGAAAAUGAAAAAAUGAACGAAAACAUUGCACCAGCACUGAUAGCUUGCUCCUUAGUGAUGGGUUCGUGUGCUCUUCCGGCAGUACUGGAAGCGACUAAGCCAUUGAUACAGUCUCAAGGGAAACGCCAAAAAAGCUAUGUUUUUAAACUGGCAAAAAACGCUAUGAAAAACCUAACGAAAAACCUGACCAUGAAAAAUACUUUAACGAACCAGAAGCGCAUUCCAUCUCACACGUCGCAGGAACCAUCUCCGCCCAUUGAAUUGGUCGAUGGUGUUACGACACGGGAAGACACUUUAUUCAAGAAACCCAGGCAAAAAUCGAUUACAACCCUAAACUUCGACAUGAUUGACGACAUCGGAGAGAAAAUGUUCCAGGACCGCAUAUCAAACGCCAUCAAGCAACCCAAACGGAAGUCAAGAGUUAUGGACCACUCGUAUGUACACAGAGUUUACAGGGACUCCAAGCAACUCGGUGGUGCAGAUUCGCUGUACGAAGAAGAUUUUACGAACUCAUUACCAGACUUGCAUAAAGAGGUAGCGAAGAAUGAUAUGGAAGGCCCGCUCCAAUCCACAAGGUCACAAGACGAGAUUGACAACUCCGAUGACAUCAAGAGUAUAAACUCAAAUACCGUGAGUUUGGCUGCUUCAUCACACUAUGAAAAAGGCGGUGGCGUAGGAAGAAGGAUAGAAAACGACCCAAAUGGCGUCAAAUUAGACUUAUUGCCGAUACCAAAGAAAAUCAGACUGUUAAAGUCAAAUUAUUUCAGGUGCGAGACUCAAUUAGCUAUUGCUCUUGAAUCAAUCUCACAAAGACUUUCACAGGUUCCUACCGAGGCCCGUUUGAGUGCCCUGCGUGCUGAACUGCUGCUUUUAAACAGGGACUUGCCUGCAGAAGUAGACAUACCUGCUCUUCUUCCAGCCAAUAAGAAGGGAAAGCUCCACAAACUGGUCAACAUAACAGCGAAUGAGGCACAAGUUUUAAAUUCUGCUGAAAAAGUGCCUUUUCUUCUACUCAUAGAGUAUCUCAAGGACGAAAUGGAUUUUGAUCCUACUACUGAAGCUAAUGAAAAGGUUCUGAGGAAAAACCGGACGGACAACAGUUUUAUUUUCGAUCUCGCUUACAUAGCGAAAGAUAUGAAUUCUCGAGUCGCCGUUGUCGACACAAGUGGCGAAGUCAUAGACCCGGUUUCCGAUCUUCAACCAUACCCCGUUAGUGAAGGCUCAUUGUCAAACAAGGCUGAGGAAGUUGACCUUGGAGAUAUGUCUGUUGUAAGGCUAACGAACCGCGACGAGGUCGAAAACUACAGGCGGGAACUGAUGGUGCAAUCGGCCACCAAAGUGCCAGUUAUUCCCGACGAUUCAACCAAUAGAAACCCGGAGUUGCAGUUCAUCAAUAAUUGGGAAGACAUUAGCACUAGCCUCGAGGGACUUGAACUUGACGGGCUCAAAGCAUCCACUGCGGAAAAUCUAGCUACACAGAUGCGCAUAUCGGCUGUGAUGCUUGCUCAACUCGACAAAUCUCCACAUCAGUUGCAUGGGGCGACCAAUCAAAUAAGGGCAAAAAUAAUUGCGUCAAUGCAAGAGGUACAGGAUAGAUUCGGAUUUCGCGAUCUAGAAGCUAUACACGGGAUGGCAGGGGAAAGAAAACUGGAGAAUGAUAUGAAAACGGGUGGUCUUCAAGGGACAAAAACAGAUACUUCCUAUUUGGGUGAGGACUGGAACACUAAAAAAGAGAGAAUAAGGGCAACUUCUGAAUACGGUCUCUUUGAAAACUGGGAUUUGUGCUCUGUUAUUGCGAAAUCGGGUGACGAUUUGAGACAGGAGGCGUUUGCAUGUCAAAUGAUUCAGGCUAUGGCCAACAUUUGGGCGCGGGAAAACGUCGACGUUUGGGCCAAAAAACUCAAAAUCCUAAUCACAAGCGCCAAUACAGGGCUGGUAGAAACAAUCACCAAUGCAUUAUCGAUCCACAGUAUCAAAAAAUCCUUAACCAGUAAAAUGGUGGAAGAUGGCGAUCUCAAUGAGAAGGGUCAAAUCGCGAGUUUGAAAGAUCACUUUGUACGCGCAUACGGUGACCCUACAGGAUUCAGAUACAAGAGAGCGCGAGACAAUUUCUGUUCAAGUUUAGCUGCCUACUCAGUGAUCUGUUACCUUUUACAGGUGAAAGAUCGUCACAACGGUAACAUCAUGGUGGACAACGAGGGCCAUGUGAUACACAUCGAUUUCGGGUUUAUGCUAUCCAAUUCUCCGGGAUCUGUUGGAUUCGAGGCUGCUCCGUUCAAGUUGACGUACGAGUACCUCGAUUUGAUGGACGGCGUCAAUUCCGAAUCGUACAAGAAGUUUGUCAACAUGGUCAAGGACGCUUUCCGCGCUCUACGCAAGUAUAUGGACCAGAUAGUCUCCAUGUGUGAGAUUAUGCAGAAAGAGAACAUGCAACCUUGUUUCAAUGCAAGAGAGCAAACGAGUGCUCAACUCAGACAGCGUUUCCAGCCAGGGCUCUCCGAUGCCGAAUGCGAUGAGUUUGUCGAAAAUGUUCUGGUUGGAAAGUCACUGGGAAGCAUCUACACCAGACUCUAUGACCAAUUCCAACUUGUUUCUCAAGGCAUUUAUUCGUAA